CUGUGCGGAAGCUGCGCGUGGGGCUUGCGUGAGGCUGUGGCGGCCAUCUUAGAAGCUCCCUGAUGCAGCCUCAGCCGCCUGGCUCCGGGCACGGGAAGUGAGGGCAGGAACCGGCCGUGAAGCCGGGGCGGCCAUCUUAACUCACCAAGGAGACAGGCCAGGUCCCGGGGGAGGAGGAGAGGGGCCUGGACUCCCCGAAACCAGGCACCAUGUCUGAGACAUACGGUGAGAGAUGGGGGAUGGGCACCUGGGCGGGAUGUGUGUAUACUGUAUGUACUGUCACUGUGUCUGUCUGUCACUGUGUGUACUGUCACUGUGUCUGUCUGUCACUGUAUGUACUGUCACUGUCUGUCACUGUAUGUACUGUCACUGUGUGUAUACUGUAUGUACUGUCACUGUGUCUGUCUGUCACUGUGUGUACUGUCACUGUGUCUGUCUGUCACUGUAUGUACUGUCACUGUCUGUCACUGUAUGUACUGUCACUGUGUGUAUACUGUAUGUACUGUCACUGUGUCUGUCUGUCACUGUGUCUGUCUGUCACUGUGUGUACUGUCACUGUGUCUGUCUGUCACUGUAUGUACUGUCACUGUCUGUGUCACUGUAUGUACUGUCACUGUGUCUGUCUGUCACUGUGUGUACUGUCACUGUGUCUGUCUGUCAUGUGUGUACUGUCCUGUGUGUAUACUGUAUGUACUGUCACUGUGUCUGUGUCUGUCACUGUGUGUACUGUCACUGUGUGUAUACUGUAUGUACUGUCACUGUGUCUGUCUGUCACUGUGUGUACUGUCCUGUCUGUCUGUCACUGUGUGUGUCUGUCUCUGUCACUGUGUGUACUGUCUGUCUGUCAGUCACUGUAUGCACUGUCUGUCUGUCACUGUGUGUACUGUCACUGUGUGUACUGUCACUGUGUGUAUACUGUAUGUACUGUCACUGUGUCUGUCUGUCUGUGUGUACUGUCACUGUGUCUGUCUGUCACUGUGUGUACUGUCACUGUGUGUAUACUGUAUGUACUGUCACUGUGUCUGUCUGUCACUGUGUGUACUGUCCUGUCUGUCUGUCACUGUGUGUGUACUGUCUGUGUGUAUACUGUAUGUACUGUCACUGUGUCUGUCUGUCACUGUGUGUACUGUCAUGUCUGUCCUGUCACUGUGUGUACUGUCACUGUGUGUAUACUGUAUGUCCUGUCACUGUGUCUGUCUGUCACUGUGUGUACUGUCACUGUGUGUAUACUGUAUGUACUGUCACUGUGUCUGUCUGUCACUGUGUGUACUGUCACUGUGUCUGUCUGUCACUGUGUGUACUGUCACUGUGUGUAUACUGUAUGUACUGUCACUGUGUCUGUCUGUCACUGUGUGUACUGUCACUGUGUCUGUCUGUCACUGUGUGUACUGUCACUGUGUGUAUACUGUAUGUACUGUCACUGUGUCUGUCUGUCACUGUGUGUACUGUCACUGUGUCUGUCUGUCACUGUGUGUACUGUCACUGUGUGUACUGUCACUGUGUGUACUGUCACUGUGUCUGUCUGUCACUGUGUGUACUGUCACUGUGUCUGUCUGUCACUGUGUGUAUACUGUAUGUACUGUCACUGUGUCUGUCUGUCACUGUGUGUAUACUGUAUGUACUGUCACUGUGUCUGUCUGUCACUGUGUGUAUACUGUGUGUACUGUCACUGUGUCUGUCUGUCACUGUGUGUAUACUGUGUGUACUGUCACUGUGUCUGUCUGUCACUGUGUGUAUACUGUGUGUACUGUCACUGUGUCUGUCUGUCACUGUGUGUACUGUCACUGUGUCUGUCUGUCACUGUGUGUAUACUGUAUGUACUGUCACUGUGUCUGUCUGUCACUGUGUGUAUACUGUAUGUACUGUCACUGUGUCUGUCUGUCACUGUGUGUAUACUGUAUGUACUGUCACUGUGUCUGUCUGUCACUGUGUGUAUACUGUGUGUACUGUCACUGUGUCUGUCUGUCACUGUGUGUAUACUGUAUGUACUGUCACUGUGUCUGUCUGUCACUGUGUGUACUGUCACUGUGUCUGUCUGUCACUGUGUGUAUACUGUAUGUACUGUCACUGUGUCUGUCUGUCACUGUGUGUAUACUGUGUGUACUGUCACUGUGUCUGUCUGUCACUGUGUGUAUACUGUGUGUACUGUCACUGUGUCUGUCUGUCACUGUGUGUAUACUGUAUGUACUGUCACUGUGUCUGUCUGUCACUGUGUGUAUACUGUAUGUACUGUCACUGUGUCUGUCUGUAUGUCACUGUGUGUACUGUCUGUCUGUCACUGUGUGUGUCUGUCUCUGUCACUGUGUGUGUCUGUCUCUGUCACUGUGUGUACUGUCUGUCUGUCACUGUGUGUACUGUCUGUCUGUCACUGUGUGUGUCUGUCUCUGUCACUGUGUACUGUCUGUCACUGUGUGUACUGUCUGUCUGUCACUGUGUGUGUCUGUCUCUGUCUGUGUGUACUGUCUGUCACUGUGUGUACUUGUCUGUCUGUCAGUCACUGUAUUACUGUCUGUCAUCACUGUGUGUCUGUCUGUCACUGUGGUAUGUACUGUCUGUCUGUCACUGUGUCUGUCUGUCUCUGUCACUGUGUGUACUGUCUGUCUGUCACUGUAUGUACUGUCUGUCACUGUGUCUGUCUGUCACUGUGUGUAUGUACUGUCUGUCUGUCACUGUGUGUAUGUACUGUCUGUCUCUGUCACUGUGUGUACUGUCUGUCUGUCAGUCACUGUAUGCACUGUCUGUCUGUCACUGUGUGUAUACUGUAUGUACUGUCACUGUGUCUGUCUGUCACUGUGUGUAUGUACUGUCUGUCUCUGUCACUGUGUGUACUGUCUGUCAGUCACUGUAUGCACUGUCUGUCUGUCACUGUGUGUAUACUGUAUGUACUGUCACUGUGUCUGUCUGUCACUGUGUGUAUGUACUGUCUGUCUCUGUCACUGUGUGUACUGUCUUUCUGUCAGUCACUGUAUGCACUGUCUGUCUGUCACUGUGUGUACUGUCUGUCUGUCACUGUGUGUGUCUGUCUCUGUCACUGUGUGUACUGUCUGUCACUGUGUGUACUGUCUGUCUGUCAGUCACUGCAUGCACUGUCUGUCUGUCACUGUGUGUACUGUAUGUACUGUCUGUCUGUCACUGUAUGUACUGUCACUGUGUCUGUCUGUCACUGUGUGUGUGUCUGUCUGUACUGUCUGUCACUGUGUGUAUACUGUCUGUCUGUCACUGUAUGUACUGUCUGUCACUGUGUAUGUACUGUCUGUCACUGUAUGUCCUGUCUGUCACUGUGUGUACUGUCUGUCUGUCACUGUGUAUGUACUGUCAUUCUGUCUGUCUGUCACUGUAUGUACUGUGUGUCUGUCACUGUGUGUGUACUGUCUGUCUGUCACUGUGUCUGUCUGUCACUGUAUGUACUCUCUCUCUGUCACUGUGUAUGUACUGUCUGUCACUGUAUGUACUGUCUGUCACUGUGUGUACUGUCUGUCACUGUGUAUGUACUGUCAUUCUGUCUGUCUGUCACUGUAUGUACUGUGUGUCUGUCACUGUGUGUGUCUGUCACUGUGUGUGUACUGUCUGUCACAGUAUGUACUGUCUGUCUGUCACUGUGUGUACUGUCUGUCACUGUAUGUACUGUCUGUCUCUCACUGUGUGUCUGUCACUGUGUCUGUCACUGUGUGUGUACUGUCUGUCACUGUGUGUGUACUGUCUGUCUGUCACUGUGUCUGUCUGUCACUGUGUGUGUACUGUCUGUCUGUCACUGUGUGUGUCUGUCACUGUGUCUGUCUGUCUGUCUGUCACUGUGUGUGUACUGUCUGUCACUGUGUGUGUACUUUCUGUCUGUCACUGUGUGUGUACUGUCUGUCUGUCACUGUGUCUGUCUGUCACUGUAUGUCCUGUCUGUAUGUACUGUCUGUCUGUCUGUCACUGUGUCUGUACUGUCUGUCUGUACUGUCUGUCACUGUGUGUGGUCUGUCACUGUAUGUACUGUCUGUCACUGUGUGUACUGUCUGUCACUGUAUGUACUGUCUGUCUGUCACUGUAUGUACUGUCUGUCUGUCACUGUGUGUACUGUCUGUCACUGUAUGUACUGUCUGUCUGUCACUGUAUGCACUGUCUGUCACUGUAUGCACUGUCUGUCACUGUAUGCACUGUCUGUCACUGUAUGCACUGUCUGUCUGUCACUGUAUGUACUGUCUGUCUGUCACUGUGUGUCUGUCACUGUAUGUACUGCGUGUGUCUGUCUGUCUCACUGUGUGUACUGUCUGUCACUGUGUAUGUACUGUCUGUCUGUCACUGUAUGUACUGUCUGUCUGUGUAUGUACUGUAUGUACUGUCUGUCACUGUAUGUACUGUCUGUCUGUUACUGUAUGUACUGUCUGUGUAUGUACUGUCUGUCUGUCACUGAAUGUACUGUCUAGGUACUGUCUGUCUGUGUAUGUACUGUCUCUGUCACUGUGAGGGCUGUCUGUCUCUGUCACUGUGAGGGCUGUCUGUCAAUGUGAGGGCUGGCUGUCACUGUGGGGGGUGUCUCUGUCACUGUAUUUACUGUCUGUCUCUGUGAGGGCUGUUUUUCUCUGUCACUGUGUAUGUGCUGUCUGUCUCUGUGAGGGCAGUCUGUCUCUGUCACCGUGUAUGCACUGUCUCUCUGUGUAUGUACUUUCUGUCACUGUGUACUGUGUGUUUGUGUAUGCACUGUCUGUCUCUGUCAAUGUGAGGGCUUUCUGUCACUGUGUAUGUACUGUCUGUCACUGUGUAUGUGCUGUCUGUCUCUGUCAAUGUGUAUGUAAUGUAUGUGUGUCAAUGUGAGGGCUGUCUGUCACUGUGUAUGUACUGUCUGUCUGUGUAUGUACUGUCUGUCUGUCACUGUGUACUGUGUGUCUGUGUAUGCACUGUCUGUCUCUGUCAAUGUGAGGGCUGUCUGUCACUGUGUAUGUACUGUCUGUCACUGUCAAUGUGUAUGUAAUGUAUGUGUGUCAAUGUGAGGGCUGUCUCACUGUAUGUACUGUCUGUGUAUGUACUGUCUGUGUAUGUACUGUCUGUCUGUGUAUGUACUGUCUGUCUGUGUAUGUACUGUCUGUUUUUGUCACUGUGUAUGGGCUGUCUGUCUCUGUCACUGUGUAUGGGCUGUCUGUCUCUGUCACUGUGUAUGGGCUGUCUGUCUCUGUCACUGUGUAUGGGCUGUCUCUCACUGUGAGGGCUGUCUGUCUCUCACUGUGAGGGCUGUCUGUCUCUCACUGUGAGGGCUGUCUGUCUCUCACUGUGAUGGCUGUCUGUCUCUCACUGUGAUGGCUGUCUGUCUCUCACUGUGAUGGCUGUCUGUCUCUCACUGUGAGGGCUGUCUGUCUCUCACUGUGAGGGCUGUCUGUCUCUCACUGUGAGGGCUGUCUGUCUCUCACUGUGAGGGCUGUCUGUCUCUCACUGUGUAUGGGCUGUCUGUCUCUCACUGUGAGGGCUGUCUGUCUCUCACUGUGAGGGCUGUCUGUCUCUCACUGUGAGGGCUGUCUGUCUCUCACUGUGAGGGCUGUCUGUCUCUCACUGUGAGGGCUGUCUGUCUCUCACUGUGUAUGGGCUGUCUGUCUCUCACUGUGAGGGCUGUCUGUCUCUCACUGUGAGGGCUGUCUGUCUCUCACUGUGAGGGCUGUCUGUCUCUCACUGUGUAUGGGCUGUCUGUCUCUCACUGUAUGUACUGCCUGUCACUGUAUGUACUGCCUGUCACUGUAUGUACUGCCUGUCACUGUAUGUACUGCCUGUCUGUGUAUGUACUGUCUGUCUCUGUCACUGUGUUUGGGUUGUCUGUCUCUGUCACUGUGUAUGUACUGGCUGUCACUGUGGGGGGUGUCUCUGUCACUGUGUAUUUACUGUCUGUCUCUGUGAGGGCUGUCUUUCUCUGUCACUGUGUAUGUACUGUCUGUCUCUGUGAGGGCUGUCUGUCUCUGUCACUGUAUAUGUACUGUCUGUCACUGUGUAAGUUCUGUCUCUGUCACUGUGUAUGUGCUGUCUGUCUCUGUCAAUGUGUAUGUAAUGUAUGUGUGUCAAUGUGAGGGCUGUAUGUCUCUGUUACUGUGGGGGCUAUCUGUCUCUGCCAAUGUGAGGGAUGUCUGUCUCUGUCACUGUGAGAGCUGUCUGUGUAUGUGAGGGCUGUCUGCCUCUGUUAAUGUGAGGGCUGUCUCUCUGUGUAUGUGAGGGCUGUCUGUCUCUGUCACUGUGAGGGCUGUCAAUGUGAGGGCUGUCUGUCUGACUAUGUCAAUGUGAGGGCUGUCUGUCUGUCACUGUGUAUGUACUGUAUGUCUGUGUAUGUGAGGACUGACUGUUUGUGUAUGUGCUGUCUGCCCAUCUAUGUGUAUGAGAGCUGACUGUCAAUGUGUGGGUUGUCUGUGCAUGCAAGGCCUGACUAUCUUUGUGUAUGUGAGGAUUGACUGUCUGUGUAUGUGCUGUCUGUCAGUCAAUGUGUAUGAGGGCGGGCUGACUGUCAAUGUGUGUGCUGUCUGUCCGUCUCUGUGUAUGUGAGGGCUGACUGUCUAUGUAAGGACUUACUGUUUCUAUUAAUGUGAGGAAUGUCUGUCUCUCUGUGUGUGUGUAUGUGAGUACUGAUUGACUGUCUCUGUCAAUGUGUAUGUGCUGUUUGUCAAUUUCUGUCUAUGUGAGGACUGACUUUCUGUGUGAGUAAUGUCUGUCUCUAUGUAUGUGAGGACUGACUGUCUCUGUCAAGGUGUAUGUGCUGUCUGUUUAUCUCUGUGUGUGUUAGGAUGACUGUUUUUGCCAAUGUUUAUGUGAAGACUGUCUCUGUAUGUGUGAGGGGUGACUGUCUCUGUUGGUGUGUAUGUGCUGUCUGUCCAUCUCUGUGUAUGUGAGGACUGACGGACUGUCUGCAUGUGAGGUCUGUCUGUGAGAACUGAUGCACUGUCUGUAUACGAGGACUGUUUGUCUAUGUAUGUGAGGGCUGACUGUCUCGGUGUAUGCGAGUUCUGUCUAUCAAUAUGAGGGUGGUCUGUCAAUGUGAGGGCUAUCUGUGUGUUAGGAUUGACUCUAUGUAAGGAUUGCCUGUUUGUCUUUGCCUAUGUGAGGACUGUCUGUAUGUGAGGACUGAUUGACCGUCUAUAUGAUACCUGCUAGCAUGUGAAGUCUUCUUGUCUGUAUCUGUGGUGUGUUCAUUAGACAACACAUUUUAAUCAACUCAAAAGCAAAUGAUAAAAGUAAACUAAAAUAUCCAAGCUAUGAUCCUAGCAGAAUUUUCCAAAAUAGAUUUUUUUGCCUUCGUCUUGUCAUUGCUUUUUCAGUUCAUUACAUUUUGGUGUUUAGUAAAUACCCUACUGUGUUUACAUGGUGGACUGACUGUCAGUAUCUAUGGUGUAUUCAGUAAACACAACAUUGUUUUCUAUUUAAUUAAAUUCAAAUCUGAAUAUAGCCAAGUUAUGACUGUAAUGGAGUUGGAGAAAUGUAUUUUUUCUCCAGUUUAAAUGUAGCCAAUUUCCAGUUCACCGCAGUACAGUGAUAAUGAUAAGCGUGUGUGUGUUUAUCUAUCUACCCGUGGCGGAUUCACAUGGGAUAUUUGUACUGCCCCUAAAAUAAUGGCAUGAUUAAGGUACUUCAUGGAUCAUAUUCUGUGUGUGAGGUGGGGCAUUCGUUCAUGUCUCCCUCUGAUAAGAUCUACGGCUCCUGCAAAACAGGAAAUGAAACCCAAUGCUAAAAGCAUGCCUUGCAAUGCGUACGUCUACGUAUCUCUCCUAUGAUAGCAGCCUGUUAUUGUUUUAAUAAUUUACAACUUCAGACAUGGCCUUUCUCUGGGGAAACCAGACCUAACCCUCUGCCUCAGGAGCCAUGCUGCCAUCCCAUAGUCCUCCAUAUUGAGUAGGUCCAUAGAGCCUUCAGAAUUAAGAAACCAGUGUUCACCUUUGCCAAGAAACGAGACAUUUAUAAAAUGAAUUUGGGUUUACCAUUUAUUUAAUAAUGUUCUGCCAUCAGGUGGUUAACUGCAUCUAGCUUCUCAGGUUUGUUACUUAAAUAACUAUAUCAGUCACGUAAUCACUUUUCCUUUCUUUUAGAUUUUCUGUUCAAGUUUUUGGUUAUUGGCAGUGCGGGGACUGGGAAAUCCUGCCUCUUGCACCAGUUCAUCGAGAGUAAAUGUGAGUACUGACUGUGAACAUUUAAUUACUGGGCAGAGAUUAUGCCCCACAAUCAAGGUAUCUUAAAAAAUGCUGCGUACGUGAUUUAUGAAGAUUUCAGUUUACCUGUCCUGGAUUAAUUGUGAUUGAGGGCACUUACAUAGCUUGAAUCCUGCAAUUACAUGCGUUUAACCCCUUAAGGACACAUGACAUGUGUGACAUGUCAUGAUUCCCUUUUAUUCCAGAAGUUUGGUCCUUAAGGGGUUGAACUGACAGUCACUGAGGAGGUGGUGAGGUGUAUUCUAACAUAGUGGUUUAAUGUGACCCUUUUUUUUUUUAACUUUAUUUAUGCCGCUUGUAUCUUAAAGGAAUAGUAUAAGCACCCAGACCACGUCAGCUCAGUGGUCUGGGUGCUAUGUGCCUAUCUCAGUCCUGUACCUGAGAAUUUUAAUGCUGUGAUAUCAGUUUGAGACACUUUCAUGAAAUAGCAGAGUAAAACUCUGCUGUUUAAAUCAGAUGGUCUCUGAGAGACCAUAUGUUUGGCGCUGUGCUGCAAUGUGCAGCGCAUGCUCACUAGCCUCCCAAUGCUUUCUUCUGGGAAAACAUUGGAGCUAAGCUAAAGUGGUGGAGCUUCAUGGAGGAGACUUGCAAGGGUUUAAAGGCUAGUAAAUUACUGGCAGCACUGGUUUGGUCACCUAAACGGUCACCAGGACACUGUAGUGCUAGGAACAUAUCUUUUUAUACCACAGGGCCUUGAAUGCUUCAAUCUGAUUGGUUGACGAACGUUCUAAGGUGUGCUGAAGUAGUUCCAGACAGGUCUUGACCGCGUUACAGUUGCGUAAGAAAUUAGUCCUACAUACAAGAGCGUUUUAAUGAUGAAAACUUGACAAACGUCUUGAAAUACAUCAUCUGAACAAUGUUUCGAGGUGUGGUUACUGUAGUACAAGUGGGAUAAUUGACUCCAGGCUGUUGAAUUAUUAGAAAACAAACAAUCUAUGAGGGGACAGGGCCACUUUGACAUUGCUGAUGCAGCGAGAUGGCCGUGGGUGUAGGGAAAGGUGAGUUUUAGUUACCCGAACCUGUCCCUACUAACUGCUGCCAUAGUCUUCCUGCUGGUUCUCUUCAUACACAUUAUCUGCCAAGAGCCCACGUCAGGCUUGUAUUCACAACAAUAAUGUCUAUGGAGGAUUCCAUCAGCCAUCACUAGUGUUGCCACUAUAGGCUGUCUUAGUGCUGCAAUUUCUCAAAAACUGAAAUGUUUACCUUGCAGGACUAAGAGGGACAGGGACACUGCACCCAGAUCACUCCCAUGAGAUGGGUACCUAUUGUGUCUCUAACCAGUUUUACAAAUUGCAAUUUGUACAACGAAAUCCUCCUGUAGUGGAUGUCAUAGUGAAAAACUGUCAUGUGAUGCGGAAGACCCCAUAGGAAAACGCUGAUUCUUUGGGGGAAGCUUGGAGGCGUGUAUGUCGCUUGCUGAGCAUGCGCAUUAAGUCCACAGGGUUCCUCCAUAAACAGCAUUGUAUUUGACCUUUGUGGAAAAGCCAUUCCUCCUCGGUGAUGUCAGAAGGUGGCAUAGAGAUACGCAGCACCCAGGGCGCCAUGGUGCUGUAAAAAUGUGAGUAAGACAUCAAUUUUAUAGUUUUCACAAAUGUGAAUGCUGGAUAAAGACCUAGGUUUUAGUAGGGACAUGGUCUUUUAAAGCGUUAGGGAUACAAAUCUGUAUUCCUAACGCGUUCGUGUUCCUCUAAUUACAUAGCACAUUCACACAGCUAGGAAAACUUUUAAAUUAAAACCUUUUUUAAAAACAAAUUGCACAAACCCAUAGCUGUCAGCUUAUUCAUAAAUGUACACAAGUGACGUGUAAAGAAGGAGUGAGUACCGACCCUCCAAAGGGGACUUUUGUUUCCAUACCUAUCAGCAUAGGGAAAUCAGUGACUUGUAUACGUGUGUGUAUGGGGGAAACUAUACCUCACUCUCUGAAGUGUUUUACAUGUGAAGAAUGUGUCCCUGUAGUAGAAACCGCUACUUUUAUAAAUUAAUCUUGUUACACGACAUGACUGUCAAUCAGACACCCUGUCCUGUUACUUCCGGGUUGUUAGCUCAGUGGAGAUAAACUCAAGAGGCAGCAAUUGCCCAGAGCACUUGCCUUGCAAAGACUUCUCAUUGAGCUGCACUGGGGAGUCUGUGAUUGGACAGCAACAGAAAUACUGGCUUGGAAAGAAGGGGAUGGAUUAAAAAGGCUACAGACAAGAGAUCAUCAACUUUUGCAAGUUGUUUUUAUACAUAUGUCAAUAAAAAAAUGUUCAGUUUAAUGCAUUCAUGUUUUCAUUGGAUAUAUCUACUAAACAGUGAUUUAAAAAAUAUAUUUUAUUUAGAAAGUAGAGUGUCUCUUUAAUGGCAAGGAACAAAGUGUCUAAUACUUUAAUUUCUUCCUCAGUUAAGCAAGACUCCAAUCACACCAUAGGGGUGGAGUUUGGCUCUCGGAUUGUCAACGUUGGAGGUAAAUCGGUUAAACUGCAGAUUUGGGACACAGCGGGACAGGAGAGAUUCAGGUAUGCUGUACAAUUAAAUAUUACAUUCUUUGUAAUUGAGUGAAUGUACUGAAUGUUUUUUGUUUAACCAGCAGAUGGGGCCACAUAACUUUUUCUUUUUUCUUUUCUACUUACCACUGUAAUCUCUUGAGGAACAAUGCACUGAUUUAUCCGCACGUUAUUGGUUAAUUGCAACUGUUGUUUUUAAAACACAUUGAGAGGAUAAAGCAUUAAUUGUAAAUACAUUGAAUACAUUCCUAGUUACUCUUCUAGUGAGGCGCAAAUCCAUUAUAUAUAUAUUCUCAAUCCGUAUAAGGUUUGGGCAAUGUAACAGGCUCCCUACCACACUUUUGUGCAGAUCAUUCCUCAAGUCCUGCUUUUAAUUAUCAGUCCUCGUUGUCACUCACCGUGUGAAAUGAUUUAAUAUACAAUAAUAAAUAGUCUUUUAAGAAAAUGAGUUGCUCUUUGAGUGGCAGCGUUUACAGCCUGACUCUGACAAACUGGAUUUAUGAAUCUAUUGAUUGUUUUAGGUCUGUUACCCGCAGUUACUACCGAGGAGCAGCAGGGGCACUGCUUGUUUAUGACAUAGCAAGGUGAGUGUGUAUGUGGAGGUAAUAGACUCCGAAUGCCAGUGUGCCUGCUGGCUUACUUGUUUUAUUCUAUUAUUUCUGUUCUUCUGGUUUCCCUGCGUGUUAUUUGCUUAAACCACUUUAUGGUUCCUGCAUUUGGUUGACCGGAGACCUGACCUAUUCCUAACUUUUUUUGCAGUCGGGAGACUUACAACGCUCUCACCAACUGGCUGACAGAUGCCAGGACUCUGGCCAGUCCCAACAUCAUCAUCAUUCUGUGUGGCAACAAGAAGGAUUUGGAUGCUGACAGAGAGGUUACCUUUCUGGAGGCUUCACGUUUCGCCCAGGAGAAUGGUGAGAAUGAAUACCACACACAUAGAUAAUAUUUUCUAUGCUCUCCUUCACUUUUCCAAUAGAUUGGGAUUAUGGGCACAUCCAUUCCAGCAUCCUGCAAGUAUAUUGUGGGACUGUAAAGCUGUGUUGCUGCCCAGCUGUAAUUCUCUCAGGGUGAUGAGCCCCCUGGCUGUCAUGCUCUUGUUGAUGGGGCCCUUUGGUGGCCAGCAUGUCGGAUCCACCUGGCUAUAACCUGUUUUUGUUUUUUCCCCAGACCUGAUGUUUUUGGAAACGAGUGCUCUCACUGGAGAGAAUGUAGAAGAAGCUUUCUUAAAAUGUGCUCGGACAAUAUUAAAUAAAAUAGAUACAGGUAAGUACACUCAUGAUUAUUAUUAUUAUUAAUAUUAUAUCUUCAUUUUCAGAAAAAUGGUCAAGACCUCAAUAAGGCACUGAUUGGCUGUGGGUAGAUAUUUUAAUAGUGGGCUCCACUCUUGGCAUGCAAUGCUCAUUGUAAUAUUUGCAUAUAGAGGGGCCUGUUUGGGUUAUUUAGAUACAUUCCGUUGCACGAAAAAUGUUUGUAAAUGUCUUUUGCUCCUCUGGCUGUAGGGGGGUCUAUUUGAUGGUACAUUGGAGAAAGCAAUGCACUGUUCCUUGCUGCAAUCCAUAUUCCUUUGAUCUCAACUUAUUUAACUUCUAUAAUCACCAUGUCUGUGGCUGCCACUUAUAUCAAUAUUAAAACUUAAGGGGAGCUGUUUACCCUCUCUAUUAUUUUCGUAUCCCUAGAAUUCACAAACAUGGUUUCCAGUGAUCAUAGUUAUUCAUGGUAUCCAGACAUUCAGGCUCACUCUCUGUGUCCAGCUCUGAUUAUGGAAUAUUAAAGGUUUUUUAACAUAGGGCUUUUGCUUACAUUCUAAAUGUUACAUUAAAAUAAAUGUCAUCUCGUAUAAACAAUUUAAAGAAGCAGUCUAUGCAACAUAACCACUCUGUGCCAAUAUAGUUGUUAUGGUGCCAUUGGGUUGCGGACAAUAUUCCCACCAUAUAAAUGAUUUGACCAAAACCUUGGGUCUUCAAGGCACCCCUCAGCUUGUCUGCCAUGCCGAAAUUGCCAGUGAAAGUGUUCCACGUCACAUCCAGGCAUGUCCACUGAGAUUUACCAAGAAUCACAGGACCGCAACCUUAUCUGAAUAGGAUCAUAACUACUUCAUUGGUAUGUAGUGGUUAUGGUGCUCAUACUGCACCUUUAUUAAAAUACUUUAUAAAGCACCAGCGCAUUCGCCAGUUCUGUUAGUGGGCAAAGUUGGUACAAGUCAGAAGACAAAGAUACUAUACAUCUAAGAGACAAUUCAAAAUUCGACAAAUACAGAAACAUACCGAAGGCAUUACAAUCUAGAUGAUUGUGAAGGAGUUUAAUUUAAGGCCUCUGAUCCCAUAUAUAGUUUAUAAUUUUGCUGCUACCUGGGAUCAUUUGAUUCAGAUUGCUAUAAAGAGCACAUUAUAUUACUGACUAGAUUUGGUCAUUUCAAGGUCAUAGUGUGUCCUUCUUGGCCGUCCUCUGUAUAUUAAAUACUGUAAGUCUAAUAGCUUUACUGUGCAUCCAUGGAAACACGACACUGUGUGACAGCAUUACUAGUGAAUUCACAUCCAAGUAAAAAUAAGGACUAUUUGGUCAUCCAACAAUGGAAUGAGAUAGCACUCUCAGGGGAUCAUCUCAAAGACGACCUCGGUCACUUGUACAUGGACAAAAUGAAAGCCUUUUAGUUGAUCACAUCAUCACAAGAGAACUUUAAAUGUUUUGUUUACGUCCGCAGCAGAUUAUUGCAAGAACAUAGUAUUGAGAAGGGUUGUGUGAAAUAGGAAACUAAGGUCACGAUACACAUUUGUUUUCUAGGGGUUUGUUUAUCACUUGAAAUGUAUGAAAAUAAUAGACCAGACUUGCUUCUUCUGUGCAUAAGGUGGUUUUAUUUUUGUAGAACAGCAAAGCAGAUUGCUUCACAGGGUCACAUAUAGCAGGUAACUUCACAGGAUGGAUGUCCGUACAAAGUAACAAUGUUCAAAGAGCACAGAUUUUUAUAGACCGCUAGUAACAUGGACUACAUCACCAUGACGAGAUAAUACACAAAGAAAGCAGAUGUUACUGUGACAAAAUAGUGUGGAAAAGCAGGAUGUUCCAAUUCUGUACAUUGUUUAUAUGACAUUCAGAAAAGUAUUACAAGUGGCUGACCUGUGCUACAGAUUUAAUCUCUCUCAGAGAGCUGACGUAUGGCUAAUGUCGCUGGCAUUUACAUUUUUGGUAUUUAAUCCAUUUCAACUAAUCUUCAACCCUUGUGAUCCCACUACUAUUGCAAGCUCAUUAUUAGACGCAUCUAUAACUACACUAAUAUACACCUUUACUGUAUGUCCAACGGUCUAUACGCACAUUAUAAUAUUAUUAUUAUUUAUAUAGUGCCAGUGUUUUCUAUAAAAACGGGUUUAAACCGGAACAAAUAAAGUUGACAGUCACAAAGGGAAGAGAGCCCAGCUCACACAUGCUGACUUUAUAAUAUAAACAUUUCUAUCUACAUUUAUAGGUUUACGUAGCUAUAUAUAGUCAGAACCUAUUAACAUUUACCCUGUACACCUUUUUAUAACACUACUUGUUUAUUUCUUCUAAAGAGUCUUAUCUCUGGUUCUGCGUAUUAAUCUCAUGCUCCAUGUCCUCUGACCAAGUGUUCCCUGCAUCAAGGUCCUGCUCUCCAUUUCAAGGUCCUGCUGUCACAUUUUUAAACAGAGUGCGCGUACACGUGAGCUGAUCCUGAUUCAAACGUCCAGGCACUGAGCAUGGCGUACCAGCCCUUUCUCCUCCGGAGUCUCACCAGUGAGCUAUGCCUGGCAUCUUCUGAGGCACAUGGGUCAAUGUCUUCACUACACUUUGAGUAGUGCAGUCAUUCUGUAUUCACACCAGCAAACUAAAUGUGUGAAAGUCCACGAAAUUAUAAAAAGAAAACAUGCUCUAUGGCUGAAGUCGUCAGUCUUUACCAUGUCCUAUACUGCGAGCUUUGUCUGAUGCUCUGCCAGCCAGAAAAGUCAUAUAGUGUAUCUAGCGGGAAAAUGCCUACUGCUGCUAUAUGUUAUAGCGGCCCCUGUGAAGCUGCUACAGUGUAUAUCAUAGAUCUUCCAUGUCACAUUUGUGAGGGAGCAGCCUGAUCUGAAGUGGCCAGCAUCAACAGAGACGUAGUAUUAUCUUUGUAGAUUUUCACAGUCAAUAGGUGAGCUUCCUGCUCUGACACCAUCUAAUAAAAUAGAUUUUAUAUUGCUUUAAGCAUAAACAUUCCUGUUAUUGUACAGCAGGAAUCUCACAAGGUAAGACAUGCAGAAAGCAGGAUUAAGUGAAUGCACAUGUGGCUCUCUUAUAAACAGAUUGGCUCUGGAUGGGUCUGUAUAUACACAGCAAUACAGUGGCAGAGCCUCCAGCAACAUGUGUUUAUAAGAGCCUGGCAUUUUAUUUACACAGACAGCCGGUAGCUUCAGGCCCUGGAUGGUAACGGUUUGUACCAGACUACAACAGCUCUGUACAACUUCACUGCUAACAAAGGGACAAUAUGCUGUGUGUCCCUCACACAGAGUGCUCUUUCAUUUUGUUUGAUUGCCCUUUUGUUUGUUUUGGGUGAAAUAUUGGAUAUGGCUAAUAUGAUUUUUCAUUUUAUAAAGUAAUUUCUGCUGAGCUUACAUUCUUGGGAUCCUUAGCUGCACCUUUAGUUUCGAUUGGAAUGGCUUUAAAUAUAAUUAUUGUGUACUAAAAGAUUACCUGUAAAGACUAACCUGUCCUACCCGAUCCACUUCACAUGAAAACAUCAUUUCAAAGCUUGCACUAGGGAAAGUUCCCUCUGUACCACUUCCUGAAAUAAACUCUGCCUUUUGGAUAUUACUAUAUGUGCCCAACGUACAGCAUCAGACUGGUUCCAUGCAUUGGGAGAGGAGAAUACUGCCUCAAGGCCAGACAGGCACCCUCUGUUACAGAGAUAAACCGUGGAAGAAAAAAAGAUAUGAAUUAAUUGGACCUCACUGGCAUCCUGAAUAUGCCAUGUCUGUAUAUUUUAUUUAUUUGGUUGACAUUACUUGCUUUCAGGUUGUCUCAAAGGAGGUGAGCAAUGUGAAGCUUAUACAUGGGGACCACAAUGGUAUAUGGAACCUUUGUGGCAUCUUGUAAAUAUGGUGGGGUGGGGGGCACCAUUUAUUUCUGUGCUGGCUAUGCAAUUGAAGUCACUUUUCUUUUUCUUAUUGAAUGCAGACUACUCAUUUAAUGCGGCAAGAGCCUGAUUUAAUUUAAAAACCAUUUUCACAGUGAUUAUCUUAUUUUCCUUCUUCAGGAGAGCUUGACCCUGAGAGAAUGGGAUCUGGCAUCCAGUAUGGAGACGCUUCUCCGCGACACAUUAAGCACACGCAUGGGACCCAAGCACACAACCGGCAGCAAUGUAGCUGUUAAUAAUAAAGAGGUAAAAAGCGAGGGGUUGUAGAGAGUGUUAUAUAGAGUAAUAUGAGUUAUAGAGGGGUUUAUAUAGAGUAAUAUGAGUUAUAGAGGGGGUUAUAUAGAGUAAUAUGAGUUAUAGAGGGGUUAUAUAGAGUAAUAUGAGUUAUAGAGGGGUUAUAUAGAGUAAUAUGAGUUAUAGAGGGGUUAUAUAGAGUAAUAUGAGUUAUAGAGGGGGUUAUAUAGAGUAAUAUGAGUUAUAGAGGGGGUUAUAUAGAGUAAUAUGAGUUAUAGAGGGGGUUAUAUAGAGUAAUAUGAGUUAUAGAGGGGGUUAUAUAGAGUAAUAUGAGUUAUAGAGGAGGUUAUAUAGAGUAAUAUGAGUUAUAGAGGGGUUAUAUAGAGUAAUAUGAGUUAUAGAGGGGGUUAUAUAGAGUAAUAUGAGUUAUAGAGGGGUUAUAUAUGAGUUAUAGAGGGGGUUAGAUAGAGUAAUAUGAGUUAUAGAGGGGUUAUAUAGAGUAAUAUGAGUUAUAGAGGGGGUUAUAUAGAGUAAUAUGAGUUAUAGAGGGGGUUAUAUAUGAGUUAUAGAGGGGGUUAUAUAGAGUAAUAUGAGUUAUAGAGGGGUUAUAUAGAGUAAUAUGAGUUAUAGAGGGGUUAUAUAGAGUAAUAUGAGUUAUAGAGGGGUUAUAUAGAGUAAUAUGAGUUAUAGAGGGGUUAUAUAGAGUAAUAUGAGUUAUAGAGGGGGUUAUAUAGAGUAAUAUGAGUUAUAGAGGGGUUAUAUAGAGUAAUAUGAGUUAUAGAGGAGGUUAUAUAGAGUAAUAUGAGUUAUAGAGAGGGCUAUAUAGAGUACAAGGAGCUAUAGAGGGGUUGGCAUAGAGAAUAUGAGCUAUAGAGGGGUUAUACAGAGCACAUGAGUUAUAUAGGGGCUAUAUAGAGUAAUAAGGAGUUAUAGAGGGGUUACAUAUGAGUUAUAGAGGGGGUUAGAUAGAGUAAUAUGAGCUAUAGAGGGGCUAUAUAGGAGUAAUACAUGAGCUAUAGAGGGGUUAUAUAGAGUAACAUGAGUUAUAGAGGGGGUUAUAUGAGCAGAGGGGGGCUAUAGAGUAACAUGAGUUAUAGAGGGCUAUAUAGAGUAACAUGAGUUAUAGAGGGGUUUAUAGAGUAAUAAGGAGUUAUAGAGGGGUUAUAUAGAGUAAUAUGGAGCUAUAGAGGGGCUAUAUGAGUAACAUGAGCUAUAGAGGGCUAUAUGAGCACAUGAGUUAUAGAGGGGGCUAUACAGAGUAAAUAUGAGCUAUAGGAGGGGGGGUUACAUAGGAGUAAUAUGAGCUAUAGAGGGGGUUAUAUAGAGUAAUAUGAGUUAUAGAGGGGUUAUAUAGAGUAAUAUGAGUUAUAGAGGGGGUUAUAUAGAGUAAUAUGGGUUAUAGAGGGGGUUAUAUAGAGUAAUAUGAGUUAUAGAGGAGGUUAUAUAGAGUAAUAUGAAUUAUAGAGGGGGUUAUAUAGAGUAAUAUGAAUUAUAGAGGGGGUUAUAUAGAGUAAUAUGAAUUAUAGAGGGGGUUAUAUAGAGUAAUAUGAGUUAUAGAGGGGUUAUAUAGAGUAAUAUGAGUUAUAGAGGGGUUAUAUAGAGUAAUAUGAGUUAUAGAGGGGGUUAUAUAGAGUAAUAUGAGUUAUAGAGGGGUUAUAUAGAGUAAUAUGAGUUAUAGAGGGGGUUAGAUAGAGUAAUAUGAGUUAUAGAGGGGGUUAUAUAGAGUAAUAUGAGUUAUAGAGGGGGUUAUAUAGAGUAAUAUGAGUUAUAGAGGGGUUAUAUAGUGUAAUAUGAGUUAUAGAGGGGGUUAUAUAGAGUAAUAUGAGUUAUAGAGGGGUUAUAUAGAGUAAUAUGAGUUAUAGAGGGGUUAUAUAGAGUAAUAUGAGUUAUAGAGGGGUUAUAUAGAGUAAUAUGAGUUAUAGAGGGGUUAUAUAGAGUAAUAUGAGUUAUAGAGGGGUUAUAUAGAGUAAUAGAAGUUAUUGAGAGUACUAUAUAGAGUAAUAAGAGGAGUUUUAUAGAUGAUUAUAUGGAGUAAUAGGGAAGGUUGAAGUGGAAUUGAUUAAGUGAAUUAAUGAUUUAAUAGAUAAAAUAGUAGGACUGCUUUUAGCUCAUUUCUGCAUGUUUUUCUUUCCAGCUUCUGACAGACAUCCUGUCCUCGGUAUACAUCCACUUGGGACUAACCGUCCGCUCCCCUCUGACUUAUUGCACUCAUCCUGAAUGAAGGAUUCCCCAUUUGUCUUGUUCACUGUUACUUUUUGUGUGUAGAAGCCCCAUGUGACGGCGUGGCUCCUGAUACGGCUCCUAGCGCACCAUACCAAUGCGGAGAAGUCUCAGCCAAUCUGCAUCUGCCUUGGGAUUCCUAAAUAUGUGAAAAAUUGGGGUCAGCACCCUCAGGCUGGGCGUGGAAACCCAGAAAUCCGACCACACACACAGCAUUUAUAUAUAAGCAUUGAGAGGUAUAUAUAUUAGAAAUGUAUGAGCAUGCGCAGAUAUUUUACUGUAUAUCAGCAAUGGCUAACUUCAGCGCUCAGACCUUUCUGAACUCCAUUUCCCAUGAUGUUAAGCUAUGCUCUUGGAUGACUGAGCAGCAUGGGAUUUAGAGUUCACUGAUAUCUGAAGUGUCAAGUUUCAACUUCACUGCCCCUCACCCUAAAACACCUGGACUAGAGGCUCGGCCUCUUCCCGUUUAUCACAAGGUUGCAGGGGCCGGUUCCUCAAUAUUUGAAGCAAGUGUUAUCCAUUUCAGGAAAAGCCCUGUCUAACGUAUGUAUUGCACUUCAUCAACCCCCUAAAUACCUUAACCAUACAAUAUUCCAACUCAAGCAGUAAUGAUUAGAAUUCAGUUAGCAGAAAUUUGUAAUCUAAUGUUUCAAGGGCUCCACCUUGUAUAACACCCCCUUUGGCACAGGAACGGUUAUUUAAGAAGUUUUACAUGUGACUGCCUCGCUCUUAUUCUGUCGAUGUCUUCAUUUUUAUUUUUUUUGUUUUGCUGUAGUUUAAUUGAAAUUCCCAUUUCCAUGCUGUUUUUUAUUUUUUUCAUUUAAAUCAAAUGCAGAAAAUAUGUUCUUAUAAAGACGUCAACCUAUUUAGUUGUUUUUGUUUUUAUUUAUGCUUGUUUAAUGUAGAUUUAUUUAUCUUUUUAUAUCUAAAGUAGAGCAUUUUGCAGGCUCUGUGUCCAGCCUAACAUUUCAUUUAUUUACUCUGUCAAACCAUUCUUUCCUUGUUUCCUUCUAAUUAUUGCCUAGAGUGGAGAUAUAUAUAUAUAUAUAUAUAUAUAUAUAUAUAUAUAUAUAUAUAUAUAUAUAUAUAUAUUUAUUAGGUAUAUUCCAAUCUUAUGAAUAAAAACGCAAAUGUAGGUUUUCUUAAUGCCCUAUAGAGAAAUUCUGCUUUCUGGAUAAUUGCGAGAUUCAGCUUAUAGUAGUGUAUAAAAAGGGCUGAUUUUCACAAAUUUAAGCAAAUACACUAAUUAAAAAUGAUUAAAACUUUUAACCCAUUAAACAUGUCCCUGUCAUUAGAUUACUUUGCUCCUACAUGGGACUGUCCCUUUAACCCAUUAAACAUGUCGCUGUCAUUAGGUCACUUUGCUCCUACAUGGGACUGUCCCUUUAACCCAUUAAACGUGUCGCUGCCAGGUGCUUUGCUCCUACUUGGGACUGUCCCUUUAACCCAUUAAACAAGUCACUGUCAUUAGGUCACUUUGCUCCUACAUGGGACUGACCCUUUAACCCAUUAAACAUGUCACUGUCAUUAGGUCACUUUGCUCCUACAUGGGACUGACCCUUUAACCCAUUAAACAUGUCACUGUCAUUAGGUCACUUUGUUCCUACAUGGGACUGUCCCUUUAACCCAUUAAACAUGUCACUGUCAUUAGGUCACUUUGUUCCUACAUGGGACUGUCUCUUUAACCCAUUAAACAUGUCACUGUCAUUAGGUCACUUUGUUCCUACAUGGGACUGUCUCUUUAACCCAUUAAACAUGUCUCUGUCAUUAGGUUACUUUGCUCCUACAUGGGAUUGUCCCUUUAACCCAUUAAACAUGUCACUGUCAUUAGGUCACUUUGCUCCUACAUGGGACUGUCCCUUUAACCCAUUAAACAUGUCGCUGUCAUUAGGUCACUUUGCUCCUACAUGGGACUGUCCCUUUAACACAUUAAACAUGUCACUGUCAUUAGGUCACUUGUCUUCUACAUGACACUGUCUCUUUAACAUGUCACUAACCCUCUACUCUUGCCAUUGUCAUUAAACAUGUUUUCCUAGGAAUUCUAUAAUGGGGAUUUUGCGUGACAACCUCUUCUUGUCUUCCUGGGAGGAAGAGGGAGGGGAGGUGGAGGGAAAAUAGGGCAGGAAGUUUUGGUGAGAAGGUUAAAUUUCCUCUGGCCAUGUCUGCAUCUCAUGCAACAAGAAAGAGUAGCUUAAUUAAGAAGACUUGUGAAAAAAUGGCAUGCAACUAUUAUGGAUUGGACAAUUUCAUUUAAAAAUGUGUUUAUUCCUGUAUUGGGUUAAAUAUAGCUGCUGGCAAAUUCUCUCUUACAUAUUGAGCUCUAUCCUCUCCGAAUUAAAAUCCUGUUCUGUCUAGUGAUUGCUUCUGUUCAUCUCAUUACACAUCACGGACCCCAUCUAGGAUUCUAUCAUUACUACUCUCAGCACUCUUGGCAAAUAUACAGAAUAUAUUGUCUGGUUCUGUGAUGUAGCACAUUUGUGAGUGACACUGGCUACCAAACUUGUCAUCCUUUUAAACAAAUUAUGUGGUUUAAGGGUCAUAAAUGAAACGGAAAAGGAUCAGCGUUCUAAAAAGAAAACCCAAAAUCUAGAAUAUAUGUAAAUUUCGUAGGGCUCCCUCUAAGCCCUACAAAUAAG